AUGUCUGGCGAGUUGGCCUCGCAGCUGGGCAGCAGUGACCCGGCCCCGACGUCUACGACCACCGCUGCCGGCACGACCACCGGCACCGGCCUGCCCGCGUCGGUUCCAGCGACCGAGACCGCGACCGCACCGCUCGCUGCUGAGUCGCCCAUGUUGAACAUUGCAUCACUCAAAGCCGACUCGCUGCUCAGCUUGGCCUCCACCACCCAUGAAGUCUCCCCUGGAGCACCGGCAGCAGCUCAGCCGACGCCCAUCGAAGCCCAGCCGUCUCCGAUAGCGACCGCGGCAUCGAUCGAGCCCAGUCCGGCAGCAGAAGCAGCAGCAUCUGUGGCACCCGUCGUUACAGCUGCCGACAUUCCGGCCGAAGGGACGACGUCCACGACCGCCGAAGCUGUGUCUGCACCGUCAGAGCCGAUCGUAUCCGCCACCGUCGAGGCUAUCACCGACGCCGCGAUCCCCCAGCCCCCCGUGUCGGAUUUGAGGACCGAGGUCGAGGCAGAGGCGCCACCGGCCGAGAUCGUUGCCGCUAGUGAAGCAGAUCCGUCGACGGUAACCGCCGCCCCCGUGGAGGCCAAUGCUUCUGAGCACCCACUCAGCAAUGGAACAAUCGCCACUCCGCAGAUCUCGACCGUCGAGGAGCCGUUGGUCAAUGGCCAUGCGCACACAAACGGCACCGCUGAUCACGGCUCGCAACCCACUUCUACGGCACCGCCUGCCGAGGUCGUAUCCUCGCUUCCAGAGGCUCCGAUUGUCCCACCGGCGCCUCUCUCUGCUCCGGAAACGAUUCCGCCACCGCCCGUUGUGCCGCUGCCAGCCGUAACCGAGUUCCUGCAGAUGCCCCAAAUGCGCCGUGCCGAGAGCACCAGCAGUAGCAUCGCCGCUCAACCUGCCACACCCGUCACCUCGACCGGCACGGUCCCACCUCCUCUCCCGUCUUCGGCUGCAGUCGACUCGCAAGCGCCCGCUCCUGUUCCUGCAGUGACCUCGGCGAACGCAUCGUACGACGCUUUCGUUCACGAGCAAUUCGGUUUCGACCCUACGGCUGCGGCUCCCGCAAUGUCGACAGCACCCGAGCCGAUGCAGACCGAGUCGACACCCUCCGAACCGAGUGCCCCGGCGCCUGCGCCCGCUCCUGUUAUUGCUCGGGAUUCGACGCCUGCACCUGCACCAACACCCGCAUCUGAAUCUGCCUCCGCUAUUGCUCCCGCCCCUACCCCGGUGAAUGUCGAGUUACCUUUCUCUGGGGACGGCUUCGCUCCCCCUCCUCCCGCCCCCGCCCCGAUUCAGCCCACCCCUGCUGCCUCGUCCGAAGACGUGCAAAUGGCCGACUCAUUAGCCAGCGCCGUCGAGUCGCCGUUGCUCAAGCGAAGCUUUUCGGACGACGCUCCAGCGGUUGCAGCGGGUGUAGUCGGUGAAGUCUCGCAAGAGCGCGAUGCAAAACGUUUCAAGAGCGAUGAAGCGGCCACCACGGUAAGUUCCUGCCGGUGGUCCUGACGAACAUGACCACUCGACGACGGGCUUGUUGCCUCGCUAUAUCGUACUCACAAUCGCGUUCUGCUUCUCCCCUGCCUCAAAUAGCCCGCUGCGGCUCCGGGCCCGGUCCCGGCCACGACCUCUGCACCGAUCUCGUUGGCUCCCCCAGCAGCUGCGGAGGCGGCUCGCGUUCCCAGUCCGACGCCGCAACCCGUGCUCGGCUAUGACCCGUCGGCUUUCACGCACGUCGCGUCUCUACCUCAUUCGGUCGUCUCGCAAGCGUCUGCGCACAACUCUUCCACCGCCCCUGCGCCGACGCAUUCGCAUCAGCCUCAUUUCGCCACCUCCUCGGCAUCUUCCCAGCCGACCCCACCGGCACCCGUGCCGUUUUCCAGCGGUUACGCCCAGUCCCCAGCACCCGAGCUGCCUCCCUCCGCGACCGCCACGGGACCCCUGCCGAUCAUGACGAAGGAACAGCAAAAGUGGGCCCUGACGAUGAUCCGCAGCUUGAAGAAGAACAAGAGCGCCGGUCCUUUCUGCCGGCCCGUCGACCCCGUCGCGUUGCUCAUCCCCGACUACUUCCGCGUCAUCACCCGCCCGAUGGAUCUCGGCACGAUCGAGACCAAGCUCAACGCAACGGGCAAGGCGAUGGCUGCGGCGAGUAAGCUCGGGCGUACGUUCGGCAUCGACUACACCCGCGGCGCUGGAGCAUGGGAAGGCGCGAGUGACAAGGUGUAUCGCACCGCGGAAGAGUUCAAGGAGGAUGUGAUGCGAGUCUGGGACAACUGCUACCGAUACAAUGGGCCGGCGGACAAAAAUCCCGUCUCGGCGAUGGCUGCGGUGCUGCAGGCGAUUUGCGAGCGUCAAUGGAAGACAAUGCCCAGCGCACCCCUGAUCGAGCACGUCGAGCCUCCUGCACCCCCACGACCUGCGGUGCCUCAACCCGUCGCCGUUUCGCCGAUCGAUGGCGGUUCGAGCAAGAAGGAUCGUCGACCGUCGCAGUCGUUCGUCCCGACCAUCCGACGCUCCGAGGAUGGCACACGUCCGAAGCGAGAGAUUCACGCCCCGACUCGGGAAUUGCCCUACCUCGUUGACGCCGCGGAGCAGCAGCAGCAACAGGUCGCUGCCGCACCCAGCCGAUCCCGAACGGGUCGCGUCAGUGGCAAGACGGCGCAGGAGCAGUUGCGCUUCUGCAAGGAAGUGAUCAAAGAGAUGUUCAAAAAGGUCCACGAACCCUAUGCCUACGUGUUCUACGAGCCAGUCAGUGAGUCCGAGCGUCUGUCUUCUUUGGGUCGCGAUCCGCACGCUGUGAGGCACGACAAGUGAGCUGAUCUAUCCCCUAUUGAUGCUCUUGCAGACUACGUCGCUCUGAACAUCCCGCAAUACCCUCAAAUCAUCAAGAAGCCCAUGGAUCUCGGCACCGUGCGAAACAAGCUCGAGCAGGGCCUGUACAACGCGAACCCUUACUCCGCUUUUGAAGCCGACAUGCGCCUCAUUUUCAAAAACUGCUACACAUUCAACCCCGUCGGGUCCCCGGUCAACGAGUGGGGUCAUCGCGUCGAGCAGAUCUUUGAGCAAAAAUGGAACGAGCGACCGAUGGCGCCAGUCGACGACGAGGACGAGGUCUCGGAGGAUGAUGGCAUCAGCGCGAUGGAGAAGCAAUUGCAGAUGAUGCAGGCGAACCUCGAGUUGAUGAAGCAGCAGAAGCGGGCCGAGAAAGAGCAGGCGCGCAUGAUGGCCGCGAUGCAGGAGAUGCAGGCCGGAUUCACGCGUGCACCCAAGCCGUCCAAGAAGCAAUCGACCCAAGAUCGUCGAGCCUCGACCGGCGCGGCUCCCAAGAAGGCACGGAGUUCGAGCACUGGUGGGCCUGCCGCGGCGCCGAGUGCAGCUGGCGCGGCCAAGAAGAAGCGCUCCAAGCAUCGUGAAGAGGACCCCGGGUACGGUGCACCUUCGCCGCCUCCCGCGCAGCCCGAAUCGGUCACGUUCGAGAUGAAGCGCGAGCUGGCGGUCAAGAUUGUUUCUUUUGAAGGCGAGAACCUCGAACGAGCGAUCGACAUCAUCCGUCGCGGUCGACCGGACCUUUUGAGCGAUGCCAACAAAGAGAUCGAGCUCGACAUUGACCAACUCGAUCAACGCACCUUGCUCAACCUGUACCGCUUUGUCUGCCCUCCCGCACCCAAGCCCAAGCAAGCCCGACGAGCGAACGGCGCUUCGGCUGCUCCGAGCAAACGCAAGUUGCUCGACGAGGACAAGGAGGCCGAACGUAUCGAGGCGCUCGAGAAGCGGUUGCUCGACUUUCAAAAGGGCUCUACCGCCGGCGGCAACACCGCUUUGCACGACGUCGCCAGUUCGGAAUCCAGCUCCGAUGACGAGAGUGGCAGUGACUCAGACGAGGACUAA